AUGGCGUCGGCCUGGCUGGUGCAGUUUUACUCCUCCUGGUGUGGACACUGCAUCCAGUACUCCAGCACAUGGAAAGCUCUGGCUCAGGACGUCAAAGACUGGCAGCAGGCUCUCAGUGUAGGAGUGUUGGACUGCGCUCAGGAGGAAAACUUUGACGUGUGUAAAGAGUUCAGCAUCAAGUUCUACCCGACGUUUAAAUAUUUUCGGGCUCACAGUCCAGAGACAGAAAGAGGGACGAUCUACAGAGGUGCAGACAGAGAGAUCCAGUCAGUGAGACAGUUGAUGGUGAACAUCCUGCAGAACCACACCAAACUAGACUGGCCUAAUCACUGUCCUCCACUGGAACCCUACAGCUCUGUGCAGCUCCUCCCUCUCUUAGGUCAAAGGUCAGAUCACUACACCGCCGUCAUCGUAGAGGAACCGGAGUCGUAUGUUGGACGAGAGGUGAUCUUGGACCUGCUCCAGUAUUCGGGUGUUGAGGUGAGGAGAGCUCUGAGCUCUGAUCUCCCUCUGCUGGACGCUCUGAAGAACAGCCUUCCCUCCAUCUACCUGCUGCACCCCAACGGCACACACACACACCUGCACGUUCAGAAGAAGCUGCGUUUCUUCUUCUCCUCCUUAUUGAGGACGUUGCCGGGGGUCCAGCGCCGGUCCAGGUCCAGCAGCAGCAGCAGUUCCAGUGACGGCCAGAUGGUGGCGCUGCAGGACAAACACAGCACAGAGCCAUGGAGAGACUUCGACAGGUCUCAGGUGUACUCAGCUGAUCUGGACUCAGCUCUUCACUACCUGCUCAGAGUCGAGCUGGCAACCCAUAAUACUCAGGGGGAGGAGCUACAGAUCUUCAAGGACUUCGUCACGCUGGUCGCCAAGCUGUAUCCAGGUGGGGGUUCGGUGGUGAAGCUGAUGGAGACUCUCUCUGAUUGGCUGCUCAGUUUGCCGCUGCAGCGAAUCCCCUACCAGGCCGUCCUCGACCUGGUGGACAACAAGAUGAGGAUCUCAGGUGUGUUUCUGGGGGCGGAGCUUCGCUGGGUUGGUUGCCAGGGCAGCAGGGCGGGUCUCCGUGGUUACCCGUGUUCCCUCUGGACGCUGUUCCACGUUCUCACCGUCCAGCACGACGCCAUGCCCACCGCUCUGGAUAACACAGCUCUGGAGGGAGACCCUGCGGCGGUGCUGCAUGUGAUGCGUCGGUACAUCAGGACGUUCUUCGGGUGCGAGCAGUGCGGUCGACACUUUGAAGCGGCCGCAGCAGCGAGUCUGCAGACGAUCGAGAGCCGAGAGCAGCAGAUCGUCUGGCUCUGGAACCAGCACAACACGGUCAACCUCCGCCUGGCAGGCUCCCUCAGUGAUGACCCCCUCUUCCCUAAGGCUCCGUGGCCCAGCCCCUCCCUCUGCGCCUCCUGCCACGAGGAGAAGAACGGCGUCCACGUGUGGAACCAGGAGAACGUGCUCCUCUUCCUCCGCAGACACUACGGCGCCUCCAACCUCUCCCCCAAAUACUCCCUGACCCCCCCGAGACUCCCUGCGCCUCCUGCUGACCCUCAACCUGCACAGACCCGCCGGCCCCAGGAGGAGGAGCGGCGGGCAGGAGGAGCAGGAGGAGCAGGAGCAGCAGGAGGAGGAGGAGACAGGAAGGACACAGAGAGGAGAACUGAGGGGCAGCCGGGACCUGGACACCGGGUCCAGACGGGGGAGGAGCUGGGUCUGAGCAGGGUAGGAGGAGGCGCAGGAGGAGGCGCAGCAGGAGGCGCAGGAGGAGUCUGGAUUCUGGGUCUGGGGUUUAACAGUGUGGACAUGAGUCUGUGUGUGCUCCUCUACGUCUCCUCCUGCCUCUUCCUCAUGCUCCUCUUCUUCUUCUUCAGAGUCCGGUCCAGGAGGUGGAAACUCCGCUACUCCCGCCUCCACGUCUGA